AUGGGGAAGAAGAAAGCGAAUAAGGGCGCAGAGAAGGAGGGCAACGGCGUCUGGCUCACGUCGCCUGACGUGCGCGAAAACGCCGAGUGGGAAGCCUACUACCAGCAACAGAAAGUCGUCCCCGAGGACGAGUGGGCGACUUUCCUGGAGUGCCUGAAGACCGACCUGCCGACGGCGUUUCGCGUGGUGACCUGCACGCCGCACCAGCACUACAUUCGCGCCUACAUCCAGCAAACUAUGAAGCAGCUUGAACAGGAGGACACGUCGGUCUCGACAGCAUCUGAGGCUGUCUCUGCGUCCAGCGCGGGGGCUUCGGCUGUCUACCCUUCCAAGGCGCUGCCUCCCGCGUCGUGCUGGCGGCGCGACGAGCGCCUCAGUCGCGUCUUCCGCGCGGUUUCUUGGUUUUUACAGGGCUCAGAAGCCUACCAAAUCGACGUUUCGCGCGCGGCCCUGCGCUCCAGCAAGUCUCUCCUAACCUUUCACCAGUUUCUUGUUGCGCAGUCGGAGGCGGCGACGAUCAUGAGGCAGGAAGUCGUCAGCAUGAUUCCCGCGCUCUUCUUUGACAUCAAGGCGGACUCGCGCGUCCUCGACCUCUGCGCGGCGCCGGGCUCCAAGACCUCGCAGCUGCUUGAGCGCAUGCACGUUGCGCAUGAAAAGGAGCGAGCGCGGCGCGAGCUGGCUGGACAGCAAAGCGACAUCAACGCGUUCGUCCCCCCGGGCCUCGUGGUGGCAAACGACGCCGACUCGGGACGCGCGCACAUGCUCAUUCAUCACCUGCGUCACAUCCACUCGCCGUGCCUGUUGGCGACCUCGCACUCCGCGCAGUUCUUCCCGACGAUUCUCGUUCCUUCUUCUUCGGCUGAAAGCGUGUCUCCGGUGGAGGCCCGCGCCACUGCGUCCCCCCCCGCGCUCCUCCCGGGCCUCGACGCCCGCGACGGAAGUCUCUCACCGUCACCGUUUCCGCACGCAGAGCUGCGGCCGCUCCUCUUCGAUUGCGUCCUCUGCGACGUCCCGUGCAGCGCCGACGGGACGCUCCGCAAGGCGCGCAGUCUCUGGACGCGCUGGCACAGCAACCAGGGCCUCGGCUGCCACCGUCUUCAGCUGCAGAUUUUACUGAGAGGCAUCAAACUCUGCAAAGUUGGCGGGCGUAUCGUCUACAGCACUUGCUCGUUCAACCCUGUAGAGAACGAGGCCGUCGUCGCUGCUGCUCUGGAAAAGACCAAAGGCGCCGUCGAACUCGUGGACUGCACCGAAGUCUUGCCUUCGCUUCAGAGACGCCCAGGACUCAACACAUGGCGUGUGUAUUGGCAGAAGGAGUUCUACGACAAGUUCGAGGACGUGCCUGACACCAGCGCGGCGCGGCAGAAGAUUCGCGCCACGAUUUUUCCGCGCUUCAGGGCCGCAGCCGCUGCAGGGGGCGAGGGCGAGCAGCCCACGCAGGAAGCCCCGCCGCUCCACCGCUGCAUGCGAUUCCUGCCGCAUCUCAACAACACCGGAGGCUUUUUCGUCGCCGUUUUGGAGAAGAAGAGACACGUCCCUUUCCACGUCACGCCCCGCGCACUGGGGGCGGAACAGCGCGAGCAGAGGGAGGACGCGUGCGCCGACGCGGACGAAGAGGAGGAAGCAGAAGAGGCAGAGCCUUCAGCGCAGCCCGCACAGGCCGACGCGAGCGCAACUGCCGGGGAAGUCUCACGAAAACCAGGCAACGCAGGCGAGAAGGACGAGCCUGUGCGCUCGCUAGACCAGCUGCAGUUGGAUUUUGUCUCCAUGGGCUGGGAGCAGCGCUUCGUGGAAAAGCAGCAGAUGCAGUUCAAGCGGAAAGUGCAGCAGGCCCUGGCAGCUGACGCUGCGAAGGAGGCGUCAGGUCAGGCGCAGCCCGACGGCGAAACGGUGGCACCGGUUGUCGCAGCUCGUCAGUGCCGCCCCGAGGUCGCGAGUGAGGGCAGCGAAGUCUGCAUCCGCGAAGAGAAACUCAGAGCGGCCUGGGAGGCCGCGUGUGCUGCGUUGGGUGUGCGCGGCGAGCUAGUCAGGGAGGCGGAAUCGCCCAUGCGUUCAGAAGGAGCAUCCGAGGGCGGGGGGUCAGCCGGUGACUGCGAGCGCCCGAGCUUGCGGUUGCUUCAAGAGCUCCGAGCUUGCCUCUUUGUCAGGCGCCGCGGUGAAGGGGAGAACGUCUAUCUGUCGCGCAAGGCGCUGAAGCAGGCAGCCAAGACCCACGCUGCGGCAAAGACAGAGGCGUCGGCCGCGAUGGAGGAAAGCGGAACGGCUGACGCGGCCGCCGCGGCCGUCGCGGCGGACGGCGCCGCGAAGGAUGACAAACUCCUGCGGACCGUCUGGCUCGUCUCCCGCGGCGUGGAGCGGGCCCUGAGUGGCGUAGGCCGCUCGCGCUACAAAGUCGUGAGUGCGGGCUGCGUGGCGCACCAGUGCAGAAACGCGAGCAAAUACCGACUGUCGUACGGUGGCGCGCAGUGGCUGGUGCCCCUCGCGGACGCUGUGGACGGGGAAGAGGCGGAGAGGCGGCGCGCGAACUCGAAGUGCGCCCGAAGCGGUGAGUCGCGGGUGAUUUUGAGAAUCAGCAACGAACUGAUGAUGGCGCUGCUGGGCUCCGAGGGCGCGCCGCCCCGCGUCGACAUGAGCACGCUGACACACCUCGAAGGCGGCCGCGAGCUGCGUGAGACAACGGAGGAGGGCCCCCUGGUACUCGUGACGACGCCGGAGCGGUCCAAGCAAAGUGAGGAGCCUCUCAAGACCACGGCCGGGAGCGUGGACAACGAAGUCGUGAAUGGCGAUGACCGACAGCACGCAGACACGCUCGCGUCGUCGUGUACGCGCCUCGUGGUAAGUCACACGGGCCAGUCUCCGGUGGAGGAGGCAUGCACCCUACACCCAGGCGCGCUGAGCUUGACCAUCUACAUUCUGUGGAAGGGCGAGCCUGGCUGUGCGCGAGGUGAAUGA